AUUCCAUUAUUUCAUAACAAAGGAAAGAGGAAGAACCAAAGAGUUCUUGCAAUGUCUGAUAUCAAAAGAAGUGCUAAUAACAAAGGUUCCAAGCGAAACCUACCAUCAUGGAUGAGUUCAAAGGAGAAUCAGGAUGAAAGUUGUGUAAAGAAACCAACUUUGGAUGGUGAAGGUGAGAAAUCCAGUGAAAUUGAGACAGCCAAGAAAAGCAAAGUUCAAACUGAAAGUGGUGGAAAAUCUUCUGCCUCUAGUUUGGAAUCUAAAAGCUUCAACAAGCUUCUGGAAGGUGUGGUUUUUGUGUUGUCUGGCUUUGUCAAUCCUGAACGUGGCAUGUUGAGGUCACGAGCCAUGGAAAUGGGAGCAGAGUAUCAACCUGACUGGAACUCCGAUUGCACUCUCUUGAUUUGUGCAUUUCCUAAUACCCCUAAGUUUCGACAAGUUGAAGCUGAUUGUGGAACCAUUGUGUCAAAGGAUUGGAUAGUAGAGUGUUACAACCAGAGGAAGCUGAUUGAAAUUGAAAAUUACUUUAUGCAUGCUGGGAAACCAUGGCGUAAAGGAAAUAGAUCACAUGAAGUCAAUGAAGAUCACAAACCAUCUGUACCCAAAAAAUCACCAAAGCCAGUUGAAAGAGAACUGCCUUCAAAGCCAACUGCGUCCUUAAAAUCUAAGGGAAAAGACACUGAUGUUGCUAGGAAAUGCUUUGAGCCUUCUGAAGUGAAGAAGUGGGCCGUUGAUGAUUUGAACAAAACAAUUCAGUGGCUGGAAAGUCAAGAAGAAAAGCCAGAUCCGAGUGAGAUAGCAAAAAUAGCUGCAGAGGGGAUUCUAACUUGUUUGCAAGAUGUAAUAUGUUCUCUCGAGGAAAAGCAGGACAUUCGGAAAGGAACUGAGGACUGGAAAUGCUUACCCCGUGUUGUUGAAGAGCUUGCAAAGUUGGAUGAAGUAGGAAACAAUAUGGCCUCAGUGUCAAAGGAAGAUCUUCACAAACAGGCUCUGGAUUGUAAACGUAUUUAUGAGGUGGAACUAAAUAGUUUAGAGCUUGAAUGGAAAAAGAAUUCAAAGUUAAAUGGAGAACAGAGGAGCAAAACUGGAAGAACAAAUGCCGUAUCUUCUGAUGCAAUUGAAUAUGACAGUGAUGACACGAUCGAGAUGACGGAACAAGAAAUAGACCUUGCAUAUAAGACUUUGUCCUCUAACAUCUGUGAAUGCUGAUUGAACUUGUUUCUUUUGGGAUGAAAAGCUGUCAUUUUGGUUUACCUAGACUUUCAUUUUAUCUUUCUACGGUAAUAUAUUAGAAAGGAUGACCUCUCUUUCUGAA